AGUUAAAUCACUCUUAAAAAGGCAAUCUCAUUUAUUUUUAGGUAACUGUGUUUUCCUUUUCCUCAAGGAUGGAGAUUUCCUCUCAUCAGUCUCACCUGUUGCAACAACUUAACGAGCAACGUAGACAAGAUGUUUUUUGUGACUGCAAUAUUUUAGUUGAAGGGAAGGUCUUCAAAGCACAUAGAAAUGUGCUGUUUGCAAGCAGUGGCUACUUUAAAAUGCUCCUUUCUCAGAGCUCAAAGGAGACAAGUCAGCCAACCACAGCUACAUUUCAGGCAUUCUCCCCUGACACUUUUACUGUUAUUUUGGACUUUGUAUAUUCAGGCAAACUUUCUCUCACGGGUCAAAACGUCAUAGAAGUAAUGUCAGCGGCUAGUUUCCUUCAGAUGACCGAUGUCAUUAGUGUCUGUAAGACCUUCAUUAAGUCCUCUCUUGAUAUAAGUGAGAAAGAAAAGGAUCGCUAUUUUAGUCUCUCCGAUAAAGACGCCAGUUCUAACGGGGUAGCAGAACGUUCUUAUAAUGCUGGCUGGUGUGGAGAGAGCAGCCCCCCGCAAUCUCACGUAAAUCCAGAUCAAGGGACAUGUACCGUGAGUGGGAAACCAUGGAAUAAUUACAACUACUAUCCGGCUUCCCAGCGGAACUCUCAGCAAGCCCCGAGCAAACACGAGCAAAGACCAGAGUCUGUGAAAAAGUCCAGGCAUUUGGGGCUACCACAGUCUGCGGAUGUUCCUCAUUACAAGUCAAGCAAACUUGAGGAGCGGACUUCUGAGCCGCUUAAUAACACCACUGCGUGCGAAGAAAAGGUCCAGAAUGAAGCUGGGAUUGACUCCCCUCGUGUGGGACAUAAGUACAGCAAAGGGUCCGAUGUUACCUCCAGAAGUCUUCCAGGUUCCCAACAAGAACAAGAAUCCUCUAGGGCUACAUCCAAGUCUCCCAAAACUGAUGAACCCUAUUCCAAUAUGCCUUUAAUUCUAGGGGUUAUGGGCAGCUGGAAUGAAGAUGAACUGCCUAGAAUGAGAUUCAAAUGCCCGUUCUGCACACAUGUGGUAAAAAGGAAAGCAGAUCUAAAGCGCCACCUUCGUUGCCAUACAGGAGAACGGCCCUACCCUUGUGAAGCCUGUGGGAAAAGAUUCAGCAGGCUAGACCAUUUAAGUAGCCAUUUUCGAACAAUUCAUCAGGCAUGCAAGCUAAUCUGCCGAAAAUGCAAGCGUCACGUUACUGAUCUAACUGGACAGGUGGUACAGGAAGGAACAAGGCGCUACAGACUGUGCAAUGAGUGCCUUGCCGAGGCUGGGAUAGACAGCAUCCCCCUUGAUUUGGGAGCCGAACAACCCCUUGCAUCCCCUCCAGAUGGAGAUAAGAAAUCAAAAUGGCAACUGAAUGAAGGACAAAAAAAAUCUUAUGUGGAGAUUGUGGAGGAUGGGUCUGCUGAUUUGGUCAUACAGCAGGUGGAUGAUAGUGAAGAUGAGGAAGAAGAAAAGGAAAUUAAGCCCAACAUUAGGUAGUUGUGAAAGAACUGACCCGGCAUGUCUUGUAUUUGAAUGCUUACGUUUCUCUCUUCCCUUGACGAGAGUCUGGUUAACACAUCUGUCAUACUGGCUAUUUUAAGUGACCUGAUCUAAUUUGCAUGCAUUUAUGGACAGACCAUUAAGUUCACAUUCUGAACCAUGUUGCUCUGGGGUACUCGUAUGUUGCUGCACUGGAAAAGAGAACCUAGCUUGAGUUGGCAGGAUGGAUGAACAACUCAUCUCUCAACUAUAAGUAAUACUUUUUAUACAUUAGAAGAUCAACUUGAGAAAUUUUUCAGUAAUAAAUAUUUAAGAUAAAUUAACUAUAGCCAGACAUGAAACUUUAUAAGAAUUUGCAGAUGCUUAAAAAAAAUAGAUAAGCUAUCCUAUAUUGCAUAUUCCUGUGGGAAAAAGGUAAGAGCACAUUUCAGAAUCUUGCUGCCCACCUGAAUGCUCUAAUAAAAAAAAUCUUUUAUGAUAAUUUCACAUCUGAUUUGUUAUUUCAAAAUGUAUAAGAUGGCUUAGGAAUUAGAAAACUACAGUUUUAAGAUCAGCAUUUGAAGUUAGAAAUUCAUAUGAAGUGCCAUAGUCAGAAUUGUAAAACUUACAAAGUGCAGCUGGAAUCAGAUUAAAAUGUAAAUGCGAAAUGAACAAAAAGUAAAAACCUUUCUAUUUGAAUUUGACACCAGUGAAUUAAAUUUGGUGACUGACAAAAAGUGAGAAACAGACAGCACUUUAUUUUAACUUUUUUAACAGCAAGAAACCAAUACUAAAAUUAGGCUGGAGUAUCUGAAAUCUUGUUGCUUCAGUUUGCUUGUUUUGGGUUUUUUGCUGAAGCAGGUGGACUUGUCUAGGAUCACACAGUUAAGAAGUGUUAAGUGUCUGAGGUCACAUUGUAACUCAUAUCCUCCUGCCUUCAGGGCUGCCUCUGUAUCCACUGGGCCACCUCGUUGCCCCUUUUCAGUUUUAAGAUAUGGAAAUUUAAUAGUUUAUAUUAUUCUUGCUGAUUCUCUUCUGAAACUACUAAGAAUAAAGGCAAAGUUGACUAAAAUGAAUUAGAGACAAUUUAAAUACAAUACUAUUAAAGUGUUGCUAGGUAAAACAUCUGUUUUUAAUAGAUUAAAAUCUUUAGCAACACCAACUGUUUUAUGUAAACUAAAUGCUUCUAAGACUUUGAAAAGUUUAUAUUAAAAAUAACUUUAAAGUAUUCUUAUUGUUAAAAUCACUUAGCAUGCUUUAAAUUUUUUUUAAACUUAAGCAAUUAAGUAAAUUUCAGUUCUGCUGAAGUUAUAAAAUAAAUCCAAAAGAAGAGCCAAAAGUUGUGAGAAAUUAACUAUAGUUCUAAAAUUGAAAACCAAAUGGUAGAAUUAAAGAACUAAGCCAUUCUGUAUUAUUAAAAAGUCAAAGCAAGUGCUGUCACUAUUACAUUAGAAAUUUUUUUUUUGAGAUAAAGGCUGCAUACUCUUAAAAAAAAUACGAAAACAUGUUAUCACAUCAAAAUGGUACCUCUUAUUUAUAUUUUUCUAUCCUUGUUAAAUCAUUAUCCUUGAUAUCAAUUUGUGGGCAUAAAGUUAUUGAUGUAUAUAAGCACCAAUGUAAGGCCACUGUUUCUUAUGGCAUUCUUAGAACUUCAUCAGGAUUAUCCAUACUUUAAAUUACCUAUGGAAUCAAAGCACAGGAAAUCUAGCUUAUACUCUGGAGUUCUCCAAUAUGAAUGUCUCUGAAUCGGGAUGCUUAAAGCUGUUCUGUGCUCAUUCUCUAAUGGCAUUGAGGGUAAUAUUGAAACUUUCCCAAAAGUAACAUUUUAAUUAGGAAUCUAUAGGCACAAUGGCUAAUUUGAAAUUCAGUCUUAUGAAUGAAAUAGUAUCUCAUAUGUGCUCUCAUUUUACAUGUGUACGUUUACAUUUAAAUGUGUGCCCUCUCAAAAUUUAUGUUUUGAAUGUUCUUUUAUGCUAUUAUCUUUUCUGCAUGGGAAUGUAAAUACUGUCAGCAUGAAUGUUAAUAUUUCUCCUCAACAUGGUACCAUACCAGGGUAUAUAGAGUAAUUGUAUUUUUUCAGAAAUGAUACUACCCCUUGACAGUAAAGACAUUAACCAAGUUAUCAUUCCCCAAACCAACAACAUCCAAAUUAAGUAGGUCCAAAUUACUGGGUACUUACUGGUGCUUCUGUUUUUCCAUUAUAGCAAGAUAUAAUCUAAAAACAUGACAAAUAACAUCCUUGCAAAAUUUCUAAUUAAAUUAUAAAAGAUAGCUGUAAUUAACUUUAAAAAGGAUUUUAAUAAGAACAUCUUCUAAAUUGUGAUUCCAUACAAAGUGACUCUUUUCUGUAAUGAAGCAUUCUAUACAGGGGAUGCUUAAUAAAUAUUCAAUUUAAGGGGACUAAAAAGUUGAAUAUUAUAUAUGAGAAAAUGUUAUAUGGGGCAGUAAUUGCUUAAGUAAGCCUUAUACUAAGAAUUUUUAAAUUUUUUAACACAGGAAACUGAUUUAAUUUGGAGUGAAGAUUACAGUAGUAGACAUUUUGUUCCAAUCACCAACUUCUGACUCUGUCACAACUGUCAAUGGAAGAAUGUUAACCGAUGAGUUUGGAUCCUUGCAGAAACAAUGUGGAACAUAAAUUCUCCAUUUAAAUGCAGUUCUGCCUGGAGGCAACAAAUGAACUAAGUAACUUUGGGAAUUCUCUUUGAAUUCUAUCAUCUUAAAAUCGCCUACCCUCCAUUUAAUUUUUUACACAAAUGAAGAUACUAAAAAAGAGGAUGACUUUUGGAAUAACAAGUAAUUCUUAAUAUGUUCAAAUUUUCUUAUAAAUAUAGCUGUUAGUGCUGAAGUUUUUCAUUGAACGUUAAAACUUAGCAACAUUAGUUUUGAACAAUUAAAUUAAAUCACAUAACCUGUUGUAUAACUUAUGGUAAAAGCACAGCUUAAACUUGUUUAAAUUUGAUGCUGCCACUUACUACCUACAUGACAUCAGGCAAGUUACUUCAUCUCUCUAAUCUUCAGUUUCUUCAUCUGUCAAAUGAAAAAAUUGGACUACAUGACUUCUAAGGCGCCUUCUAGCUCUAAAUCUAUGAUCCUGUGAUCAAAAAUGGAGAUGACUUUAAUAUAAACCAAUUAGAAAUUUUUGAUUCAGUUCCACAAAUAUUUAUUAUCUACUUCAUACAAGGUACCAAUAAUUACUGCUCUCAAAAAGGUUACAUUCUGUUGACAACUUAUGAGUUAUCAGAUGGUUGUUAGUUCAGUAUUAAAUUCAUCAAAAGUUGUUUUUAUAAGCCAUGUGGCCUAAUAAAUAUCUCUUCCCCUUAUAUUUUCAGCUUUUGCAUUUUUAAUUUUCCAAAUUUAUUAUACAACAUUAAGAAAUGGUAUGUUUAAGAAUUUAAUUGGUACAUUGUGUAACACCAUUUCCAGAGCUUUCCUUACAUUCGAUUAUACCUGAAACUCCAAAUUAUAAGUAAAAAAUUAUAUAUUACAUUUUACUACAAUUUACUAGUAUUCAUAUUUAGCCUUUAUACUGCAUUUUAUAUUUGCAAAGUGCUGUAAUAAUCAUUUUCCUUCAUAUACCUAUAAAAUAGGGCAGUUAUUUCACUUUAAAGAUAAGGACUCAAAGGCACAAGACAUUUAAGUAACAAUGGCAGAAAUGGAAAGUAAACCCAUCAGCUUCUUGGAAUUCUAGAGUAAUAUGUACGAUUUAGAUCAUAAAUUGUAAUGUUUAUCACUCUAGUUUUAUAAGGUAACUUUUUACAAAUGACAUUAAUUUGUUUUAAAGCAUUGUAUGGAUAUACCAUAUAUGAAAUAAAUAUUGUUCAUAUAAAGCAGACUACUUUUAACUACAAGAGUUUUAAAUGACAUGAAAUUCAGGUUAUCACAAAAAUGGUAUUAAAAGUACAUUAAGACGUUUUUAUAAAUUGUGAAAUGUGAUUCUCUUAUGUUCAA